CCGCCAUAAACAGUAAAAUAAGUCACCUUGCCGAAUCUGCGAAGGAGGUCAAAACCUUGAAAUCCACGGUCGACGAUCUUAAUCGGAUUAAAUAGGCGGUAACUGACGCCUCGCGUAGAAAGUUCUCCCUCGCUUGCCGAUAAUAUUUAUUUGCCAACCAUAAAAUUCACGAAGUUUUGGCGGCGUUUCAUCUGGAAAGAGUUUAUUGCGAGAGGCUGCGAUAGUCUUCAAGGCAGAUGCUUCUUUUAUUCGAGACUCCUGCUGGGUAUUCAUUGUUCAAAAUUAAAGACGAAAGAAAUAUUGAUGACGCAGAGGCAAUCGAAAAUGCACUCAACACCACUGAAGGAGCAAAGAACUUGGUAUCGCUAAAAGCAUUCUCCAAAUUCGACAACACUGCCGAGGCACUCGCUGCAGCGGCGUCCUUAGUUGAUAGCAAACUCGGGAAAGACCUGAAGAAGUUUUUGAAGAAGAAUGCUGAGGGUGAAAUUCUGGCCGUUGCUGAUGCCAAGCUUGGUGGCCAUAUUAAAGAAAAGUUAGGCAUUGCAUGCAUCUACAGUGCUAAUGUGAUGGAACUCAUGCGCGGAGUCCGACACCAAUUGAACGAUCUCAUCGGUGGACUCGAUGAUAUCGAUGUGGCUCCAAUGUCACUUGGUCUGUCCCACAGCCUUUCACGAUACAAACUUAAGUUUUCUCCUGACAAGGUGGAUACCAUGGUCGUCCAGGCGAUCGGACUUUUAGACGAGCUCGACAAGGAACUCAACACCUAUGCUAUGCGUGUUCGCGAAUGGUACGGUUGGCACUUCCCCGAGAUGACAAAAGUUAUCGUGGACAAUGUGCAGUACGCCAAAACAGUAAUACACAUGGGAGAUCGAUCCACAGCAGCCGAGCACGACUUCUCAGUCGUUCUUGAUGAGGAUGUAGAAGAAGAUCUAAAAAGUGCCGCUAUGAUUUCCAUGGGCACCGAGAUCAGUGAGGAUGACCUAAACAACAUCAAACAGCUCGCUGAACAGGUUGUGUCACUUUGCGAGUACAGAACGCAACUUUAUGACUAUCUGAAGUCGAGAAUGACUGCUAUUGCACCAAAUCUAACUGUCCUUGUCGGCGAGCUUGUAGGUGCUCGCUUAAUUUCACAUGCGGGAUCAUUGAUCAAUCUCGCAAAGCACCCGGCUUCCACAGUACAGAUUCUUGGUGCGGAAAAGGCCCUGUUUCGAGCCUUGAAAACAAAGCACGAAACUCCCAAAUAUGGUUUAAUUUAUCACGCUAGCCUUAUUGGGCAGACGGCACCAAAAUUCAAGGGGAAGAUCUCACGGGUUCUGGCGGCAAAAUGUGCUUUAUCCAUCAGGGUUGACGCACUUGGGGAAUCGAGUGAGGCUACGAUCGGGAUCGACAGCCGCUCAAAGGUGGAGGCUCGCUUGCGGCAGCUCGAGGGGUCGGUGCUUGUAACAGCGUCAGGCGUCGCGAGGGGCAAGGAAUCUCUGUCUAAGCACAAUAAAUAUCGUUCCACAGAUGUUCCUUCGUUACUCACUGCACCAAAGGCAUACAACCCAGAAGCAGAUGUGAAACAUCAGGAGAAGGCCGAGCACGACUCUGACAAGCCUUCACUGAAAAAAGCAAAGAAGGAGAAGAAGAUGAAGAAGGAGAAGUAAAUCAAGGAUUAAUGGUUUCUCAGCGAGGCACGAGAUCUCAUCGAUAAAUACAAUAUAAUUUCUGCACGGGGGAGCGUCUGGUGUUUUCAUGUUCUGGAAAGUUCGUGAGAGGUCACCUCGCAAGCAUUUGUGCUCUCAUAGAAAAAAGAAUUCUCUC